GGGCGGUUCCCUCCGCUCGCCCCUCCCGCCGGGCUGGGGCCGGGUUGGGACCGGGGCCGGACCGCAGAAGGCGACGGGCGCCGCCGGGGUGGCCGGUCCCCGGGUAUGAACGAGGGCGGCUGCGCCGCCACCACUUCAGCUCCUUAGAACCGCUGCGCUGCCGGGGAGGGGUGAAGAGGGGAGCGAGCGGAGCAGCGGAAAGGAGCCGGGCGGGCCGCGCCAUGCGGCUGUGCGGAGCGCUGCUGAAGAGCCCCAUCCCCAAGCAGAUCGAGUACUACUCCCGCUUCUCCCCCUCGCCUCUCUCCAUCAAGCAGUUCCUCGACUUCGGUCGUGACAAUGCAUGUGAAAAGACUUCAUACAUGUUCCUGCGGAAAGAACUUCCUGUACGGCUCGCUAACACCAUGAGAGAAGUCAAUUUGUUGCCUGAUAACUUACUGAACAGGCCUUCAGUUGGGCUAGUACAGAGUUGGUACAUGCAGAGUUUCCUUGAGCUUUUAGAAUACGAAAAUAAAAGUCCUGAGGAUCCUCACGUUCUGGAUGACUUUUUAGAUGUUUUAAUUAAAGUCAGGAACAGACACAACGAUGUGGUUCCAACCAUGGCCCAAGGGGUGAUUGAAUACAAGGAAAAAUAUGGCUUUGAUCCAUUUGUUAGCAGUAACAUCCAGUAUUUUCUAGAUAGAUUCUACACCAACCGCAUCUCUUUCCGUAUGCUUAUUAACCAACACACACUCCUUUUUGGUGGAGAUAUUAAUCCUGCUCAUCCCAAGCACAUUGGAAGCAUUGAUCCUAAUUGUAAUGUGGCAGAGGUGGUCAAAGAUGCUUAUGAAACAGCUAAGAUGUUAUGUGAACAGUACUAUACAGUGGCACCUGAUCUGGAAGUUGAAGAAUUCAAUGCUAAAGCUCCAGACAAGCCUAUUCAAGUAGUCUAUGUACCGUCUCAUUUGUUUCAUAUGUUGUUUGAAUUAUUCAAGAAUUCAAUGAGAGCUACAGUGGAAUUGCAUGAAGGUAAGAGAGAAGGCUAUCCAUCAAUCAAAACCUUAGUCACUUUGGGGAAAGAAGAUCUGUCUAUUAAGAUAAGUGAUCAAGGCGGAGGUGUACCUUUAAGAAAAAUAGACAGAUUGUUUAACUACAUGUACUCAACAGCACCCAGGCCUAGUUUGGAGCCCUCGAGAGCUGUGCCUUUGGCUGGGUUUGGCUAUGGCUUGCCAAUUUCUCGUCUCUACGCUAGGUACUUUCAAGGUGACCUUAAACUCUACUCGAUGGAAGGUGUUGGUUCAGAUGCUGUAAUUUAUUUGAAGGCCCUUUCAAGUGAAUCAUUUGAAAGACUUCCAGUUUUUAAUAAGUCAGCCUGGCGACACUACAAGACCACACCUGAAGCAGAUGACUGGAGCAAUCCUAGCAGUGAACCAAGGGAUGCUUCUAAAUAUAAAGCUAAUCGAUAACUUGCCACCUUUUGUCUCUGUGGGAGAUAACCUCUGCGUUCAGUAUAAAGUCUCUGCUUUGUUCCCAAAUCCUUCAAACCACAGUAGCUAAUUACUUCCAAACAAAGACCUAAUCAGGGCAUGGAAAAAUAGUAAGAACAAAGUAAUGAUUGGGACUUAAAGGAAGGCACUAAGCACGUUUGGUAUGUGAAUCCUGUCUACUUCACCAGAAUAUGCUUGGUUGCUUCAGUCAUGCAUUUGACAGAAGGGAUUGCACUGUGAUUGCACUUAAAAAUACAACGUUGUAACAAACAGAUACUAUUCCAAAUGGCCAAUUUUGUUCCAGUGUGAGGAUUGGCAAGAUCUGCAGAAUCCCUUGAAAUAGUAUCUUGCACAGCAAUACCGUACAAGAGAAAAAUUCUAGUGUAGUUAAACAUAUGCUUUGAAAAUCCACUCUUUGCUGCAUUUUCUAUUGCACCGUGUCACCUCUUAAAGAAAAUCCCUCUGAGCUCUUCAGGUUUUAUAUCACAUGAGCUUAUAAAUGCAUAGUACUAAAAAGGGUUGUGCAGCUUUAAACUGAUGCUUUUCCCAAAUUUCCAAAUCCAUUAGUCAAGUGCAUACAAAAAUUAUGUUGUUUUAAGACAUUAGUGUUUCCACUUCUUGGUAUGCACCUUAAUUAUUUUCUUGACACAGAAACACAGAAAUGCAUUUCUAUACAUUUUUCCUUGUUUUGAGGAAAGUUCAUAAGUAGUUAGAUCAUUUCUCCAUGCAAGAAAUUGUGUCAAUACAGAGGCAGGGGGUAAUUCAAUUUCAUGUUUAUCAUUCUGGGGAGCUGGGGAGGGGAGAGAAAUGCUGAAAGGCCAGACAACCAGUCAUGCAAAUGAAUUUGCCUUAAGAGUGUCGGUUGAUUAGAACUUGGUUAGUUUAAAACCUGUAAAUAGUUUGCAAAGUUAUUUAUAUAUUCAAUGUCUGACUAUAGUCUGGUAAUAUGAAUUUGUAGUGUAUAUAAAGACGUUGUACACCAGGUUUUGGGAAGUGUCUUUGGUCUAAGUAUAUGAAAGUGGGAAUACUGUAGGAAUGGGGUGGGGGAAACAUGAUACAUGAUUUAAGAAAAAUUCAAGAGAAAAAGAUUAAGUCUUUUUUCCCUUAAAUUUUUGGUCAGGAUUAAUGCUGAGUAUUAGGAAACUGUUCCUCACUAAGUCUUUGCCAAACACUGUUUCUAAUACUACAGCCUUUCAGAAACAUUUGUGAGGAUUAAAAGUUCUGGUGAUAUUCUAGGUACAGGAAUAAAGCAGGUGAGUUGUAAGCAACUCUGAUCCACUCUGUUUGUCUUAGGCAUUCUGAUAUUUUUUGGAAAUAUAUUGCAGAUUUUAGUGUGGAAAAAUGAAACUUGUUUACUAAAACUGGGGGGUGAACCAUCUCUUUUGUCCUCCCAAUAUUUAUUUUUAUAAAGAACUAAUGUGUAAACAGGGAAAUGCUGAGAAAUUCCUAGAUAUUUUUUUUAUAUAUAAAAAAAUAAUCUAGUUUGACUUAAGGAUAGUACUUUGCACUUAUAUAGCGCAUUUCAUCAAAGGAUUAUGAAGUGCUUUGAGCAAUAAGUUUCAUGUAGCCCCAUUUCUGAAGAAUCCAAGUUCUUACCUGGCAAACCCUUACUCUUAUCCAUUGCAGUCAAGAAUUUGUAACUGAGCAGUUCAAGACUUGGCAGGGCUUGUGGUUGUACAGUGAAGUGGUGCUGGAGCGCCAGGGUGCCCUCUGCAGAGAGCUGCUGAGAGACAGAGGUUGGAGGUCACCUGCCACAGGCUGGGUUAGCUGGUAAGCAGAGCCCUGCUGAGCCCCUUCUGCCAGCGGGAGGAGGAGAAGGAGGAGGAGGAGGAGGGAGGGAAUGUGCUGAUGGGGCCAUCUUCUCAUCCUGAACCAGGCUCAUUUGACCCCGUCGAGGGGAUCUUUACACGGCACGGUGAGGGUGUAACUCACGUGGCCUCCAAAGCAAUAAUUUCCCAGGACUGCAGAGGAGGCAAAUUGCUAUUCAAGUGAUAGAGCUGUGCUGCUGGGGUGAAAUCAGUAAUAGUUUGACUGGAACGCCAGUUGGAAGUCACAUCUACUAAAAUUUAGUCAUUUAACUUCUGCCCUCAUCCAUAACUUCUUACUGUUUUUUAAAUUCAUUUCAAGUUGUGUAUGUUUUCUAGUAAUCACAGAGAAGGGCUUCCUUAAAAAUAGAGAUUUGUGAUGGAACUACUAUUUUCCCAGUUGCAUGUGGUCAGUUUUUCCUAGAGCUUGACCUAAAACAUUCCAAAGCAUAAGAUCAAUUGUGUAAGAAAUUGAGUUUCAGCUUUUGUGAGAAAUCAUGUUUUGAAGUAGGGAAUCCUGACCUGAUGUUUCUUUUUGACUCCUUAUUACGUGGAGAGGGAACAGAAAAGAAAGGAUGCAAGCAUAUUGAACUCAUUGUAAUGAACUGAAUUUAAACCAUGGAAGCCAGUGAAAGAAAGCUGAAGAUACUAUGGGAGGUGUUAUGUUUUAUUAGUAAUUUUACUUCUUUAUUCACAAAAACGACUGGCUGGCUUUAUGGACUGGAGUGUUCUAGUACUUGAAAACUGAAGUCCCCUGAAAUCUAUUUACAAGAACCCUGAGUGUGCACAAACAUCUCAAAGCAGGAAGGCAGAGCAUGAGAAAUGCGUUUUCUUUUCAUUUCCAACAUCUGUUUGUGAGCAUUUAUGGUGAAUAUGAGCCAGAAGCAACUUGUCUCCUCUCCAACCUUGUCUAGGCAGCCUGUGCUUUAGUGGAGAUCCCAGGUAUGCCCUAAAUUGUUCUCCACUCCUUGUCCUCAUGCCAUGUUUCUACAUAGGGGUGUUUAGUCUGAAACCUGUCUUGAGAAACAAUAGCAGCAGACCUUCAAUGAGAAGAGAAUUUUCAAUGAAUAUGCCUGAAAAAUGAGGGUGGGUGGGGGUUUUUUGUGACUAGUUUAACUGCAAGUGUUGAUCUUUUUUCAGUUUGAUUCGACUCUGUUAUUUUGUUUUAAUAUAUUGGGGCUGUUAAUUUCAAACUUUCAGAUGAUUUAGAAGUAUUUCUUUUUUAUGGAUUUCAGAUGUAUGGCCUCCUAGUGUUUUUGCAACCUUCUUGUCUUGAGUUACAGGACACAUAAGAAGAAAAAGUGUUUUCAGUGAAAAUGCUUUGUAUCUGUUGUGUUUAGUGAUUAGCAGAAAGAAAAUGAGCAAGAGAUGUUUGUUUCUCAGUUCUUCCUAAGAAUUUGCAAACUUCUGUAUGUUUCAGUGUGACAAAUAGUUUAACUUUUUUGUCCAGUGGGCAUUUUUCUGGUGUAUGUCUUGAAUGUGAUCUCUUAAUACCCUGCAUAGUUUAAUAUCAGUAGGUACUGAAAUUUCUCUGAAUCAUGUAUUUCUGCUCCCUGCUUUUCUAGACUUGGUUUUGAGGCUAACAAGGGAUCUUUCACAGUCAGCAUUUGAUGAGAAAUAUUCAGAAGAUGCUGAAAUUAUUCUUUUUACAACUCAAAUACAGUCUUUGCCUCUUUGUUUGACUGUGAUGACACAGUAUAGUACUGAGAAAAUCUUUGUCCUGCUGCAGUUUGUGCUACCUCUUGGGCAGGGUUUUAAAGCAGGUCCCUUGACACAUGCUUGAAGAAUAUGGGUAUUAAUUUUGGUGUUCUUGAAAAAAAUCAAGCUACCUUUUGGCUAUGUAAACUACACUUGCUGCUCUGAGUAACUUUUUUUUUUUCCUCCUUAGUGGCAUUUAGAAUUUGCUUUGAAGCAGCUGUUCAUUUUCUCCAAAAAUUAAGCAAGAGUGAUCUUUCAGUGUAGUGCAUUCUCCUAUUUGCUUCCACCCAAACUUAGUAUUUAAGCUGAAAUCUUGACCUCAUUGACCUGAAAGACAUUUUCUGCCUCUCCUCACCACCUUUACUAAGCACUUCUAGACCCUUCUGUGUUAGGUGCUGGAAAAUGCAAAGCGGUCUUGAUCGAUAGAAAUAAUUUUGGUAGAAAACAGGCUAAAUGUUUAUUGUUAAUAUUUAUCUCUUGAGGUUAACCAUGUCUGACUGUAUGGUGUUCAGUUUCCUUGCAUGUUUCCUUGGUUGCCAUGUAGAUGCUGUGGCUUCUGAUAACUCUUCAUCUCUUCUCCCUGACAUACUCAUCUGCCAAUGAAUUAAUGUAUAUAUAAACGUGUUUUUGCAGAACAUAAGAGAAUAUGAUGGCACAUGACAGAACGAUGUAUUACUGAGUUCAAAGGUGAGUUUAUCCUAGUUAUAAACUGUGUAGCAACUUCAGGGCUGAACCUUGCAAAUACUUGCACAAAUAAACUGUGUGAGAGUAAUCCUACUUAAAUGAAUCUGUUCUCAGGAUCAGGGUUUAAGCUGUUGACAUUUGAAACAAUGAAGAUUUGUGUAACUGAAGUGGCUUUCUAAUUAAAAAUAAAUAAGAAAAUGUAAA